AUGACUUGGUCCUCGACAUGCACAGCCAACGACGGCUGCACGCUGGCCUUUGAGAGCUCGCAGCCGCUCCCUGGCUACCCCCCGUCCGUGUCAAUGAAAUCCUACGACACCUGCAUCGUGCUGCUGCACGGUUUUAGCGGGUCGUCGGCCUACUUCACGCGCAACCUGGGCAAGAUUGGCGCGCGCUUCUGGACCGUGGCGCCCGACAUGCGCGGCCACGGCCAGUCCGGCCGCACCGCUGGCGGAUACCACGUCGCGCGGCUCGCCGCCGACCUGCGCGACGUGCUCGCGCAUCUCGAGAGCAGCCGGCCACAUUCCGAGCCCGGCACCGCGCGCCCCCCGCUCCGCGUCGUGCCCGUCGGCUGCUCCAUCGGCGCCGCCGUGGUCUGGACGUACCUGGAGCUGUUCGGCGACCCAGCAGCAAGCGCAGGAGCAGGAGCAGCAGUCAACUUCGAGUUCGUAGGCUUCGUGUUCGUCGACCAAGCGCCGCUGCAGGAGCGGUCGCGGUUCGGCCCCAGCGCGUGGGACCCGUCGCGGGCGCACAAGGGCUGCUACGACGAGGCGAGCCUGGCGGCGGCGCAGGCGGCGUGGACGGCGGCGGACCGCCGCCCGACGCACCGCGCGCUCGUCGCCGAGUGCCUGGGGUACCGGUUCCACCCGCGCGUCUACGACGGCGUGUCGCCCGACCAGGCGCGGCGCGACGAGGCCUUCUUCGCCGCCAUCAGCGCCCAGUGCGACGGCACGUGGCUGGCGCGGCUCAUGGCCGACCACACGCGCUACGACCACCGCGAGGCCAUCGAGUUGCAUGUCAAUAAGCCGACGCUGGUCAUGGCGGCGAUGCGGAGCGGGUGUUUCACGUUGAUGGGGCUGGAGGAGAUAGUCGCCCGUGUCAUGAGCGGGGGCCGGGUUGACAAGAAGGACGUGCGCAUGGCCAUAUAUGGGUCGGGGCACUGGCUUUUCUACGAGGAGCCCGAGAGGUUCAAUGGCGACGUGAUCGAGUUUGCGGCCCAUUGCUUUGGCUCGGGUUGA